AUGGCGCCUGUACAGACCCCGUGGACGUCAAUUCUGCUGCAGGAGAAGCCUGGACUGCACGAAUACAAUCAUGCUCUGUCAAACGUCGAAAAAUACUACACUCGCUUGCAGCGAGCUAUGCAAGAUGGCUCCAUCCAUGACCAGCUGGUUCUCAACCCGGACCAAACACACUCGCGUCUGCUGAGAUCCUUCGAAGUCUUGCGAGCCAAACAACUACCAGGUCCUGUUGCCGAGGAGAUCUUCAAGACCAUGGUCCUUCCAUUCAUUCACGAUAACAUCUUCUCGCCACCACAGAUGAUUCAACUAGUUGGAUCCGCGCUCCCUCUUAUCACAAAACAACAUCCUCAGUUUCUGCGAGGCAUCGCCAACACCCUCCUCUCAUCAGAAGGCUUGUUCGACCACCUGGUGGCCAACGAAAAUUACACGGUGGUUUUGAAGGAAUGGCUGUUAUCGAAAAGAAACUAUCUCCCCCUUGCUCUCUCCAGGCAGGUUGGAGACAGGCUGGUUGCCAUGUGUAAUGCCUGUUCCGCCGACCAUGGAACGGAAGCUACUGUGGAGAGUUGGAAUAUUGCUCAGAAACUGAUGGAGUCUAUCAACUCACUCAUUGACAUAUCUUACGAAGAAGAAUUGAAACGGGCAAAAGUGGAGAAUCUACCUCCUCUAGAAUCAAUGAAAGUACUCAGUCGGGACGAUAGACAUUUGACCCCAGUUAAACAAGGUCCUAAAAGGGAAUCGAAAAAGGAAUUCAAGGUCUCGGACGUGAUCCUUCAGCAGAUGAAACACUUCAACAUCCCACCACCGUUGUCCGCUCGGGGGCUCACUCAUACAUCGGAGCAUCUUCAAAAUGAGAUAAUCCCAGCGCUCAUGCACUCUGUCAUUGAAAGCUUCCCAUGCAGAAUCUGUUUGGAUAGGCUCACUACCGGGGGUCUUACAGGCACUCUGGCCAGCUUGACAGACGUGCCUUCGGGUCGAACUACAGCACCCGGCAGUGCCCAAGACAUUUUCGGAAAAAGAGUCGGUCUUUGGAAGGUUUUGCUGUCUGACGUUGCCUUCAAGAAUGCGAAGAAAUUGAUCCGCGGAGGUGACUUCGGCGUGGUGGAACAAAAGCUCAGAGAUUUGGCAAGUGGCGAAUGGAAAGGCAAAGGUCUAUCUCGCCGCGUGGGUUCCAAGCAACAGAAGAAAAGAAUGCGAGUUCCUAUUUUGGAAGUGAGCGCUUCUGCAACUGUGUCAAUCUUGUGGCAGGUCGAUGUCGGCUUUUACGACGAGCUGCCCUGGGUGCAGCAGCAUAUUGUCAAAGUUUGGCAAAUCGUGACCUCGGAAGAGGAGUUGGAAACUGCCAUUGAGCAAAUACUUUUGAUCCAGGAAUCCUACAGCUCGGAACUUGUUCAACUCUGUUUGAAACGUCCUGUUCAGCAAUCCGAUGGAACUUGGACACCACAGCGGUUCGGAAACGUGAAAGAGACAGGGUCUUAUCAAAUGAAACCCAUUCCUUCUUCCAAGGCAAGCCCAGUUCUUAUGGAGAUGUCAAACAAAUUUUACAAUCUCACAGACCCAUUUUUGAAGUCGAUCAUUGAUGAGAAUGGCACGGAGGAGUUUCCAUUUGAUCUCUCUCCCGAGGAACUAGAAAUUGUGAAGCACUUCAGCACAUCAAGCUUGAUUCUAGGACGAAGUGGUACAGGAAAAACCACCUGUCUGUUGUUUAAGAUGCUUGCCAAGCAUAAAGCAAGGCAGUCAGCCUCGGAUGGGCAGCAAGCUCGACAGCUUCUCUUGACUCGCUCCUCCUAUCUGGCUUCAAAGCUUCAAACAUAUGCCAAAAGUCUGAUAGACGCUCAGUCCAAGGCUCCACCGACUGAAGAGGAUGUAGACUCGGAUUUGAAACCGACUUCGUUCUUCGCCCUGAAGAAUUGCCAUUUCCCAGUUGUCUGCACUUACGACGAAUUUCUUGGGCUGCUGGAAAAUACAUUCAGAAUGGCUGAUCGAAAAGACUUCCUAAGAGACAUCAAUCCUAACAAGGCAAAGGGCCUGGACACGCAGGUGGGAGACAAGCCACGAGUAAUUGACUUCAGCGUUUUCAAAACAGAAUAUUGGGGCUCUCUAAGUGGGUUAGCUCCACCAUCUUGCUCUCCAGAGCUCCUCUUUGCAGAGAUAAUGGGCGUCAUUAAAGGCUCCAGCGUCACGGCAAAAAGCCUGAAGCCGUUACACCGUGCAGAAUAUGUCAAGAAGAACGCUAAAGCUUCUCCCGCCUUUACCUCCGAGGCAGAGCGUGAGAAAGUAUUUGGAGCCUUUGAGCGCUAUGAAAAGCAAAAGAAGCUUCGCAAGGAGAUCGACGAGCUCGACCGUGUCAGUGCCUUGCUGAUAUCUCUGAGAAAUAAGAAAGCUCUAGCAGAGCAGAUUCAGCGCUGUUUUGAGGAGAUCUAUGUUGAUGAAAUUCAAGACUUGCGUUGUCUGGACAUUAUCCUACUUUUGGGCUGCCUCAGUGACGCUCGUGGGAUUCACCUUGCUGGUGAUACUGCCCAGUGCAUCUCAAAAGAUUCAGUUUUCCGUUUCCCUGAGAUAAAGGCAUUAUUCUACAAACAUUACGAAGUCGUUGCCAAUGAACUAAAUCAGCCGUCAUUUGCCAAGCCUGUUCAAUUUUCUCUGGCUAAGAACUAUCGCUCACAUCAGGGCAUUCUAAGUUUUGCAUCAUGGGUGAUGCAGCUACUCUGGCAUGGAUUCCCGGAAACAGUUGACAAGUUGGACCCAGAGAUUGGCUAUAUUGGAGGACCAAAGCCAAUCAUCUUUGCGGGAUUUGACUCCUCGAUUCUUUCUGCCAAGAUGAUUGGCCUAGUCAAGCUCAACGACAAGGUCGCCGAUUUUGGCGCUGAGCAAGUCAUCCUUGUCCGAGACGAUGCAUCAAAGGACAAACUGCAAACCCAAAUUGGCGAGAUUGCUCUUGUCUUAACAAUCCUAGAAAGCAAGGGUAUGGAGUUUGAUGAUGUGUUGGUGUAUGACUUCUUCGGCAGCAGUGGGCUUGGCAGUAGCUACCGGUGCCUUCACAUGCUUGUUCAAGCACCACGAGCGCAGUUUGACGCUCAAAAGCAUGCGGCUUUAUGUUCCGAACUCAAGUCGCUUUACGUUGCUGUUACUAGGGCUCGAAAGCAACUUUGGUUCAUGGAAACCCAGGAGAACAGCGUUGAUCCCAUUCUGCAAACGCUGUCACAGAGCAACAGCCUCGAGCUUGCUGAAGUUGUGAAGCAGAAAGACCCUGAUGUUGCGGCAAAGGUAAUGGUUCUGCGGGCCGGCGGCUCGGUGGACCCAGAGAGAUGGCUCAAGAGAGCAGCACAUCUUCUCCAUCGGAAGAGCUUUGCAGAGGCAUUGUUUUGCUACAAGAAGGCCAACGAUCCUCGGGGAAUGACACACUCACAGGCGUGUCUGCAUGAGCAAGAAGGAAGAUCCUACCGAGCAGCUGGAGAUACCGAAGAAUUCACCGCGUGCUACGAAAAGGCCAUCGUUCUUUUCCUCGAGAUCGGCCUCAUUUCAGAAGCGGCGAUGUGCUACGAGGGGCUUGGGCAGUUUGGCAAAGUUGCUGAAAUCUGGAAGGCUCGUGGACAAUAUCAAAAGGCUGCUUGUUUCUAUGAGAAAGGAAAUUUUUUCACAGAAGCUUCGGAGUGCUAUCAUUCUUGUGGUCAGUAUGAGGCAGCAAUCGAGGUCUUACGCCGUGGAGACCAGUUCGAUCAACUCGUCACCUAUGCCAACAGGAAUCGCGCGUACCUCAGCGAGCCCACCUUGCUUCGAUACUCGAGACUCUGCAAUAUCUUGCUGAAGCAGGGACGUGUCUCUGCCAGUCUGAGGGCGAUAACCAUCAACAUGCUUGGAUCAGAUGUGUCCAAGAUUGCUUUUUUCAAAGAGUUCGAAAUGUGGGACCAACUGCUUGCGCUCUAUUCAUCAAAGUCCAGAUGGUUUGAGUAUUACGAUCUAUCAGUCGCUGUUGGUGACAUACCUGCGGCGAUAGGCACCUUGCUGGUUCAGAAAUUGAUGCCAGUGGUCGACAAGCCAGUUGUCGAGAAGCUGUUCAAUUAUGCUAUGGUCGAAGCUUUGUACGCCCAUAGAGACUUAAUUCCGGCCAAACCUGAGCGAGAUGGGCUGCUGAAAUCAGUCAAAACGACUUACCUCGAAAAACUUGGGGCUCAGUGGAGAACGUUAUUGCUGUUGAUCGACGAUUUUGAGGAUAUGGAUUUACCCGCUUCAGUUAAACACCUGGAUAAAAGUCUUUUGAAGGAUAUUUUCUGUCUUUUUGUGAUCGCUUUCGAGCCGUCAGUGUUCACCAAGCAUAAAAUCGAACAUCUUCCAAUGGAUAUUGUCAUCCGAGUUGGAAAGCUGCUGCAAGACCUUUAUGCCCAGAAUCAGUACUCCCUUACUUGCCUGGCUAUGGUUUGUGGAAUUUUCACCAACCCGAAACAAGAGACGCAGACGAUCUUACUUCAUUGGUCUCCGCUGAGGAGUUACGCAACGACAUCUCUUGAUGGAUCUUCAUUCGAGAACUUGCUUGACAUUGCGAAAGAUUUCAUUCAAGAGAAGUUUGCCGCAGCACUUACUCAGUUCCAUGAAAACACAGGCUGUCUCGUGAAGAAGGAUUUUCCACCGACAUGUUUCCAACAGCUUUACAAAGGAUUUUGUUCAAAGCUUAAAGCCAAUGAAUGUUUCUGGGGUCAUGAGAAGCCUACCGCAGAAUUCGCUAUUGCGAAGUUGAAUUGCCUUCUCACCAUUGCUGAGGUUUUUGCGCGCCUUACGCCUGUUUAUUAUCAAAGAGUUAUGGGUGAAGCUUUCAGCAGACCAUUUCUGGGUCGUAGGAGAACUUGGAUCCAACAUAUCCAAGAGGAGCUGGUGAUUGUCAGUUCACUGGAGCAGUCCUGUACUGCAAUUGCAAAUCUGCGUUCCAACUUGCAAAGCAAUCCAGAGUUUGCUGCAACCGCAUACUGCCUCGAAGAGUUGUUGUUCUAUCGCAUGAACAAGGAAUGGGGUUCGAUGAGCAGUCUGAGCUCUUCUCUAGAGAAGGUCCAAGAAGCUCAAGUUCUCGGCCCUCACGCAGCCACGCGUUUCCAGCGAGCCCUUGUUCUGAACAUGGAGCGCAGUAUGCCACCACGCCCUAAGCGAUCCGGCCAUGCGCUCGCGUUGCCUUUGACAACGUUGAAUGCUGCUGAGAGAAUUCGGUCAGCGGUUGCAAGACGCAACGCUCAAGACUUUCACAACGGCAUCAGCGCCUUUGUCCAAUGUCUCGAGAAAACACCCAAGUCCUCCCUUGGGUCGCUCCAUGCUGUUCUUUCUGUGCUCGAAUUUUCAGCUACGUACAUUCUUUGUAUCGCCAAUCCAGGAAGGGGUAUUGUGAUUCCCUGGUCUUGGGCCUUGCAGCAUCUUUCGACUAUUAUGCAAUCACCCGCUAAAGACUAUGGGUUCAAGGACAGAGAAAUCCGAGUGCAUACGACCGACUUGAUGAACAUUAUCAUCAGCUUCUGCAACCUCAUGGAACAGGUCGAAAAUGCCCUCACUAACGGCAUUCUAAGAUUCCAAGGACUGGGACGCAGUAAUCUUCCGAUCCCUAUUGUCAAACGGCGCUGCACUGAGCUUCUGACGACCGUGAGUCUCAACCUGAACCAUUGGCCGAAGCAGCCAAUCGGUUUUAAGGAGAUGGAGAAGGUGGUUAACAAGACACUACGAUCAACUCUUAUUCCACCAGGAAUGGCACUGGAGUUUUCCAACAGUGAUAGGUUCUGGCAAAGUUGCAUCCGCGAGUAUGCAGCCUACAACCACAAAGACGAGCUGUGUGUCGUUGCGCUUGACGAUAGGAAGUCCGCUCCCCUCUUCCUGCGGUCUUUCACACAAGGCAACGCGAAAUUCGCCCAGCUAAGUGAUAUCUUGCGGGUGUCACGCAUUGCCGAGAACCCCCUAUCCAUGGGGUUGGAAGAAGACUGGCAAAUCGACGAAUACAGCGGCUACGAGCUCGACAUGAUCACGAAUCUUCAGCGGCGCUGGCGACAGGUGAUGGAGGUCCUCGAGGAGAAUCGCCGUAAGGCACAAGCCCGCGAGGGCAAACUUAUCCAGCACUUCCACGAGGUGUGCACGAGAAGGAUGAGCGUCCCACCCGCGUCCGCUUGGUCAACUCGGGAUAGAAUACAUAUGCGUAAGGUGAUAUUUACCGACGGUUUGAAGAUCGCCAUGUCUCUUGACGGUGUUCUUGGCAGCUUCCGACAACUUAAGGACCGAUGGAGGCAACAAUUCGACAGCAAUUGGUCCACUGCAAAGCUAGAGGAGCUCUCUGUCAUUCGUGGACGCAUUCUGCCGAUCGAUGGUCAGCUUGAGUACAUUGUUGAGCACUGGUCUCCUAAGGGCAUCGAGGAGGGUAUGAUGACCGUUCCGGCUGAGGACCUCGGUAUCUCAGCCCGUGAGGCCCAGCGCGCCCUCUGGGCUGUUCAGCGCGAGAUUGAAAUUAUUCGGUCUCAGGUUGAAAUAAUUGCAAAGAGUGCUGAUAGGUAA